AUGAAGGUUUCCGUUGGCUCGUCAAUUCUUGUUCUGUUGUUUACCUCCCAUUUAGCCUUUCUGCAGGCGCUGCAGAAUUCAAGUGAAGUAAGCGUGUCCUCUGUGACUGAUUCCCAACUGCUACUCAACGCAACAACUGUAACUCCAACGGCAGUUCUGCAAGCUCGAGAGGACGAUUUUCCUCCCACUUGUCCUCUGAAGUUUUCCUGUCGCAAAGGAUGCGAUAACGAGACAUUUAAAGGGGAUGAUCUUGAUGGUGAUGCUGCACAUUGCCACUGUGAUCAAGACUGUCUGACGUUUCAGGAUUGUUGCGCAGACUUUACGAAUUUGUGCGAGCCAAAGCCUGUGAAUCCAGGGAUUCCACUCGGCAGGAAUUACAAUUAUUCCUGUGUGAAAUUAUCCACUGAGUUUGGUCAGAAAAAAGGCAUAUACAUGAUCACAACUUGUGCAGCUAACUGGAAUGGAAAUGAGGAUGUGCGCAGCAAAUGUCUGGCAGGGUUAAAGAGUUCGAAUCGAUCAUUUACCUCCAAAAACAUCGUGGAAGAUAUUCCAGUGGCUAGUCUCAUUCGAAACGACGGUACGCAAUACAGAAAUAUUUACUGUGGCAUUUGUAACAAUGAGCCUGCCAUUCUUCUACCCUCUUGGCAGUUAAAGUUUCGUUGUAACAUCAGAGCUCCUCCCUCAUACUACAGCGACGAGGAGAAAUUAAACUUUUUUCUAAAGUACUGCCCCACUAGGAUCCUAAGACCUAACAAAUAUUUUAAAAUACGAACUUGUUUACCAAUGAUAUCUACAUGCUCACUCGCCAAUGAGCAUCAAGACGGAUGCAUAAACGGCAAAAGUGGACUGGUUUUUUCGCAAACACAGAGAAAGAACUACAAAAACAUUCAUUGUCUGCUUUGCAAUGGUAUUUCAUUGAACACUUCUCAGUGUGGUCCUGAAGAAAAAGGAGAUUUUUUCAAGCCCAAAUCAUUUGAAAUUAUCAUGGACUUCAACCAGAAAGAGAACCAAGAUCAAAGAACACGAGAGCCGAAGCUUAGUUCGAUUACGGCAACUUGUCCAACCAACAAAGUGUUCGAUCCGCACUUGGAGACAUGCGAAACAGGUUCUAUUGUGAAUCCUUCCAAACUGUUCCAGGCAGUUCGCGAUAGCUACCGUGUAAAACUCUGGAUGCAUCCUUCAGACGAGAGCGAAUGGGCUGUGAGUGCAGAAGAAUUUAAACACGCCAUUUGUUCGAGUUUUGCUCUAGAUCCUUCGCAAAUUGAUGUCAUAUCUAUUGCAAAAGAAGACAGAUCCACCGCCGUUAAUUUCAAUCUGUACUCCGGGAGUUUGAAAACUGCUAAAAACAAUGUAUCUUACGAGACUUUGAAUGUAUCUGUCAUCCUAAACUUUAACAAAUCCUUCCCAAUUGUAAUUGAAAACAAGACCUGGAUAGUCCUUAGGAUCACUCAUCGGCAGUUAUCUUGUGCACAGCCAGAAGAAUUUGCUCCAGAAGAAUUCGUUCUACUUGCAACUGGGCAGGCUUUAGUAAACGGUAUUGGAAAUAAAACUGCAGAAUUGCUUCCCUCAAACAAGUUUUUCAUCAAACACAAUAACAGUAGCAACGAUUCCUUGGUUGUGUGCAGAUCUAAAUUUACUGUUUUGUGUCCAUUCAAGCUGCUGCUGGUUAGUAGCUCGGAGUACAGGAUUGUAGCUAACGAUAGUUUGCUGCAUACCAGCACAGGCAGAAAAUACACAAAGGAAGAAUAUAACGUGGUUAAUGAACUUGGAAAGGCUUGGAUUUGCACUAACUAUACAGCAAUUCCUAACACUACAGCAAUUCCUCACCCUGAGACGAAAACUGCUUUGGAAAGCACUUUCCUGCGAUAUUUUACCAUAGUUGGAUUUUCCCUAUCAAUUUGUGCGCUUGUCUUAACUUUGCUGAUACACUGUAUCUUUAAUGAGCUUCGAGGAACACUUCCAGGUAAAAACCUGAUGAGUUUAUGCCUGGCCCUCCUCCUGGCGCAGUUCAUUUGGCUCUUUGGUUCUGGAGACACCGACAAGCCAACUUUUUGUAGUGUCAUAGCAGCCAUUAUUCACUACCUUAUUCUGGUGUCUUUUGCGUGCACUGCCGUUAUAGCCUUUGACACUCGCCGAACCUUCUCCAGUCAGAUUUCCAAAGCUCCUAGCCGUUCUCUUGGACAGAGUCGGAAUCUGCGAUUCCUUUCCUACAGUUGCUCGGCAUGGGGUGUUCCACUGCUUUUUGUCAUCGGCUGUGUCCUGCUUGAUCAGUUUCACGUUGUUUUCAUCGGUUAUGGUAACCAAGACGCCUGCUGGCUAGUCAACAGCAAUGCCAAGAUCGUCGCCUUUGCCACACCGAUAGCUUGUGUCCUUCUGUACAACGUUAUAGCCUUUUCUCAUACCGUGUGGGCCAUCAACAAUGCAAGAACGCAGACACGCAGGGUAAAAUCAUCCCGACAGGACCAACGAGCCGUCCUAAAAAUCUACGUGCGCCUGAUUUCCCUGAUGGGCUUUACUUGGUUUUUCAGUUUCAGUGCGGAGCUCAUUCACAAAGCGCUUGUCUACCCUUUCGUAGUCCUCACGACUCUUCAAGGAGUAUACGUAUUCGUGGCUUUCAUCUGUAAGACCCGAGUGCUUAAGCUGAUGAAGGAGCGGUUUUCAAGGUCCAGGAAAGAUGCGCUAGCGUCCACACAACACACUACAAGCACGGAGUGCAGGAGCUUACCUCAGUACUCGCCAUACCGAUCACAAAGAGAGACACAUAUGUAA